AUGCAGAAAAUAGCACCAGCUAAAAUCGUCAGCCAGAAGUCAUAUGUCGUCGCAGGCAAGGACCAUUUGACAUCAAACAGAGGCGAAGCUAACACUCUCCAAGGCAGAUUGAAGAUCACGGAACACUUCUUCGACGUGCCCAAAGACCAUGCAAACCAGAAUGGAUCUACGAUUCGCGUCUUCGCGCGAAGCGUCAAAAAGAAUGAAACUCCGAUAGUCCCAGAUAACCACAAGGAGAAGCAGCAACUCCCAUGGAUGUGUUAUCUUCAGGGAGGGCCAGGCUUCAGAUGCCAGCCGCCCCAAAACUAUUCAUUCACUCACCCGGUCCUCGAUAAGGGCUACCAGUUACUGUUCCUCGACCAGCGCGGCACUGGCAUGUCUUCGCCCAUCACAGCGUCUACACUCCAGAUGCGUGGCACCAACGACGUCCAGGCAAAGUACCUCAAGCUCUACCGUGCGGACAGCAUUGUACGAGACUGCGAAGCGAUCCGGCAGGCGCUCACCGCAGACUAUCCAGCAGAGAAAAAGAAGUGGUCUAUCAUGGGCCAGAGUUUCGGGGGGUUCUGCAGCCUGACUUACCUGUCAUUCUAUCCUGAAGGACUGCGGGAGAGCUUCUUAUUUGGCGGACUGGCACCCAUCACUGCCGGCCCAGAUGAAGUCUAUCGCCGCCUCUACAAAAAGCUCAUCCAACGCAACGAAGCCUACUACAACAAAUACCCCGAGGACAUCACCCGAGUCAAGACCAUCCACAACUACCUCAAACGCUUCGGCGACGGGAAAAUCAAACUCCCCUCCGAAGGCAACCUCACACGCCGCCGCUUCCGAAUGUUGGGUCUCAUGUUCGGCUUCCACGGCGGGCUGGAUAGUGUCCACGACAUCGUGCUGAGAGCGAGCUACGACAUCGAAUCCUUUGGCCACCUGACGCGAGGCUCUCUGUCAGCAAUCGAUCGUGCGAUGCCGUUCGAUGAAGCUGUUAUCUAUGCCAUCCUUCACGAGCCCAUAUACUGCCAAGCCGUGGCACCGAAGUGGUCUGCACAUCGCAUGAUCGAGGAGUAUCCGGCAUUCGAUCUCGACAAGACGGACGACAGUCCCAUCUACUUCACCGGCGAGAUGGUGUACCCAUGGAUGUUUGAGGACUACAGCGAGCUACGCAAGCUGGACGACGUAGCGAAGCGGAUCGCCAACGACAGCGACUGGUCGGAGCUGUACAACGAGGAGCAACUGGCGAGAAAUGAAGUACCAGUCUAUGCAGCUUCGUACGUGGAGGACAUGUACGUCGACUUCGACCUGGCGAUGGAGACGGCGCGCAAGGUCAAGGGGUGUAAGGUCUUCACGACGAAUGUGAUGUUCCACGAUGCAAUUCGCAGCAGGAUGGAUGAGGUUGUGCGGCAGGCAUUCACUUUGCGGGACGAUGUCCUCGAUUGA